CGAUUUAAGCGAGUGGAAGUGGAUUUGGAAUUUGAAUUGGAAGUGGAAGUGGAAGUGACGGUGCUUUUGUAAAAGUGAAUUCGUGUCAUUCGGGUUAUCCUGUGACCGCACAGUGAACUCUUUUCUAUUUGGAACUGUGUUUGCACGAAUACAAGUGCGCGGCUGCGUUUGCAGUCCAUUCAAGUGAAAACAAAUGAGAGCAUUCGGCGUCUGCUGUGUGCUGCUCUUGGCGCUCACAAGCAGCUGGGCCUUCAGCGCCUAUCAACGGGGCGGCUUGGCGGGCUAUACGAACGGCUAUCAGAGCCAGGCUAGCUACAGUUCUGGCUACAGUUCCUCGUCCUCCUCAUCAUCAUCCCUGGGCUCCAGUUCCGCUGGUUAUGGCGGCGCACAGCUACGGAGCCAUUCGGUCGAGGUUGUGGAGUUUGCCAAUCGACUGAAGCAGGAAUUUAAUCAAUUAUCGCGUGGUAUCAAUAGUUUCGGCAUUGGAACCUCCUGGAGUUCUAACAUACUCCAGCUGACUGGCAAGAGUUCCAGCGAGUUGAACGCGUUAAGCCGACAGAUUACUCAGCAACUGGUCAGUGACAUGAAUCGCGGUGCGAUCAGCUACACAACCAUUGCUCAGCCCAACUUUUUUGAGUCCAAAGCAGCCGAGGUUCUAGAUCAAUAUACGUCCAGUGUACAGCAUACCCUGGACAUCAGUGACCACGGUCAGCCCCUCGAUCUGAGCAAGUAUGACGAGGUCAAAAACUAUGCCUACCCCACCGAGAUCAAGGUCGUGAAUGGCAAGACCUACAUGGUGCACAGAAACUGUACUGAGGCUACCAAGAUUACGCCCAGCUAUAGCAGUUUGGUCAUAGGCGGUGCCAACACGGGUGCCGCCCUUAACAGCGGCUUCUACGCCCAGGGUCCCAGCACCACGACCAUCACCCGCAAGAAUACCGUGUACAAUUGGGAGCCCAGUGUGGUUGGCUACAGGCCGGUGGUUACUAUAGAUGGCCUGAGAGGCGCAAACACUGAAAUCAACGCACCCACAUCUCAAGUGGUUAUAACGCGUGUGAAUAAAACAAUCAAUAGGAAUGCCGAUGGUACCAACUCUGUUGCCGGUUCACAAAGCCAGCAACGUUGGGUCGACGGCAAACUUGUCUUUGAUAGCUCCCAGCCAUUCGGGCAGUCGACGGGGCCAAGCGGCAACAACUGGGAACGCGAGGAGCGCGAGCAUCUGUUCUGGUUCUUGAAUCAAGGAGCCACCUCGCCACAGCGCCUGGAAGCCUGGCAGCGGCAACAGGAGGACCGUCUCAGCGCCAUGGCGUUGCGUCAUCAUACCAGCGUGGAAGCCAUUGAGCAGUUCCAUCGCCGGGAACUCGAACGAUACCAGCAACUUUUGCGGCAGUACCAGACACAAAGCAGCGGGGCCAAUGCUUGGCAGCGCCUGGAACGUGGUCGUCUGGACUGGCUAAUACACCAGAAUAGUCUCAGCGUUCACGACUUUGAGCGUUGGCAGCGUGAGAAUAGCCUCAAGCUGAAUCAGUUGGCGCAGCAGUAUAGGAUUACACCUGCGGAGCUACAGAAUUGGCAGCGCGAGGAAUUGCAAAGGAUUUAUGUGUACUUCAAUAACAUCAAUAAUUCAAUGGCACCAGCCAGGCCCGCGCCAGUUCCCCUGCCCGGAUCAGCCUCGUUGGUUUCUAACGAGGAACAGCAGCGUUUGAAUGAACUUAUCCGCCAGCACAAUGAAACAAUCGCCAUGCUGCAGAACUCGAUACAGACGGACCAGCAGAAGCUCAGGGAUUUGUCAGUCAAAUAUCAGGGUAAUGUGCAAGAUAUGGAAAAGUGGCUCAAGGAGGAAGUGGCGCGUAUUAGCGGUCUAAUUAGGGAGCAAACCGAGCAGAUGUCCCGCAUUACAGAGUGGCAGCGUUCGGAACGAACACGCCUCGAGUCUAUACUUCGGCAACAUCAGGGCUCUGUGACCGAUUUGGAGCAGCAAAUGGCGCGCGACCGCAACUACCUUCAGGGCUUGGCUUCGAAAUAUCACGUGACGAUUGAAGAGCUCGAGAAAUGGCAGCGCACGGAGUUACAGCGACUGCAGCGGGAGGGUCAACAAGCGCUGGAAUCAAACAUUAAGGAAUGGCAGCUGCGCGAACGAGAGCAUCUCAAGAACAUUGUAAGCAAGAACGAGCUGACGCUGGAAGAGUUCCAGACGCGCAUUGUUAACGAUCGCGCACGACUUGAACAGCUGGCUCGCACAUAUAAGGUGCAGGUUACAGAGAUAGAGGACUGGAUAAAGAGCGAGAUGAAGAAAUUCCAGUCGGAAGGUCUGCUCAAAGAAGUGGAGAAGGAAUUGGCCUUGUGGCAGCAGCGGGAACGUGAACGCUUACAACACAUUGUACAGCAGAGUUCUCUGACUGUCGAGCAAUUGGAGCAAAAGAUCAAGAACGAUCAGACACACUUCUACGAGUUGGCUAACACCUACCAGAUACGCGUGGAGGAUAUACAGGACUGGCUGAAGAAGGAGCUCCUCCGACUUCAGAGUGAGGGUCUAAUCAAGGCUGAGGCCCUCAAGGACUGGCAGCAAGCUGAACGCAAUGAGAUUAUGAGAAUCGUGCAGCAAAAUAAGUACAGCAUCGAAGACUUUGAGAAGAAAGUGCUGGCAGAUCGUCGUCACUUGCAGGAACUCUCGAAGCAAUACAACGUGCAAGUUCAUGAAAUCGAACACUGGAUUAAGUCUGAGGGCGAGCGUCUACAGCGCGAAGGCCAGCUCCACAUGGAGGAACAACUGAACAACUGGCAGAAGAUCGAACGUCAGCGUCUGCUCGAUCUAAUUAACAAGAACAAUCUGUCCAUCGAAGAGCUGGAGGCACGCAUUAAGAAGGAUCAGGUGCACCUUUAUAGUCUCGCACAGCAGCACCAGGUGCGUGUUGAGGAGAUCGAGGAAUGGAUUAAACAGCAGAUUGCUAAACUCCAAGCCGAUGGCGUCAUAGAAAUGCAGAAGUUGAAGGACUGGCAGCUUGAGUGGCGUGGAAAUUUGACAAAUAUGGUACAGGAACGCGAUUUCACAGUUGAGGAGUUCCAUAAAUGGCUGCUGGAAGAUCGCGCACGUCUUCAGCAUCUAGCCAUGCAGCACAAUGUUCAAAUUGAGGAAAUCGAACAGUUCGUUAAGCACGAAGAGCAGCGAUUUGUGAGCAUGGGUUUGCUGAAGCCAUACGAGAAGCUGACCAACUGGCAGGAGGUGGAACGCAUGUACCUCAACCAGCUCGCGCAACAGCAGUACAAGUCUACAGAACAGCUGGAGGAGCGACUGCGUCAGGAUCGGGAGCUACUGGAGAAAAUGGCGCGUCAGUAUAGCGUGCAGGUGGAGGAGAUUGAAAAGUGGAUGAAGCAGGAGCUGGCACGUCUUCGCGAUGAGGGUCAGCUGCAGAUAGAUAAUCUAACCACCUGGCAGCUGGCAGAGCGCGAGCGUCUGGAGGCUCUGGUCAAACAGAACAAACAGUGGAGCGUGGAGGAAUUCGAGGCUGCACUUCGCAAUGAUCGCGAACAUAUGCAGACCAUUGCCUUCCAACAUCACACUUCCGUGGAGGAAAUUGAACGCUGGGUUCAGUCUGAAAUCGAGAGGUUGAAGAAGCAGGGCAAGCUGGACAUAGAGCAACUGACUAUGUGGCAGAAGGCGGAGCAGCAGCGUAUUUUGUCCUUGCUGCAGCAACAAUCGAGCAUUACCGUGGAGGAGUUUGAAGAGAAGGUGCAACGGGAUCGCUUGUUCCUGGUCAACCUGGCUGAUCAGUAUCACGUGAGCGUAGUGGAUAUUGAAGCCUACAUUAAGAAGGUUAUCGAGGAUUUGCGGAAGCAGGGUCAGUUUGAAAUUGAGAAGCUACAGACCUGGCAGCUGGUGGAGAGAGACUACAUAAAGCAACUAAUAGCACAAUACAAUAAUGGCUUGUCGACCUCAGAGUACGAGCAAAAGCUGAGGGAAGAUCGCGUCCAUUUGAACCAGCUUGCCGAUCAAUAUCGCAUCAGUGUUGAGCAGAUUGAGCAAUGGAUGAUAACGGAAUUGAAGCGUCUGCGUGGCGACACCGAAACGCAGCUGCAGGCAUUGACCACCUGGCAGAAGGGUGAGGUGGAGCGUCUGCAAAAGCUGUUGCAACAGCAGAACCAUUUAAGCUACGUAGAGUUCGAAAUCGAGCUGCAACAGGAGCGCAAGCGCCUUGAACAACUGGCCCAACAGUACUCGCUCAGUGUUGUGGAGAUUGAGGAGUGGUUGCGUCAACAACUGGUCAACCUGAAGACCACUGGCCAAAUUAAAGUGGAAAACCUCACUAAAUGGCAGGCCAUUGAGCAGCAGCGUCUGAUCGAAUUGUUGCUAAAGCAGCAACAGGAUCUCAGCUACAAAGAAUUCGAACAACAGCUGCAACAAGAUCGCGCCCAUCUACGAGGUCUUUCGCAAACCUAUCACGUGAGCGUGGAACAGAUUGAACAAUGGAUGCGGGAUGAGCUGGCGCGACUGAAGAACUCGGGACUGGUCCAUGUGGAGGAGCUAACUAAUUGGCAGACUGAGAUGCGCAAAGAGUUCAAUGUCUGGCUGCAGCAACAACAAAACGGUGCUACUUAUAAUGAAUUUUUGAAUUUCCUUAAGCGCGAUAAGGAACGCUUAUCCACCAUUGCCCAAGAGUAUCACAUAACUGUUGAGGAGGUUGAGAAGUGGGUCCAAAAGGAGGCCGCGCGUCUGUCGCUAAUUGGAGUCAUUGAACGUCCCGAAGACAAUGUAACCUAUGAAGAGAUUAUAAAGGUCUGGCGUCAGGACAAUGCUGGCUCUGGCAGUGUUAUCAAUAGCAUUAGCAAUAACGAACAACGUUGGAAGCAGCAAGCAAUUUCACAGUUGAGAGGCAAAGCACUGGUAAGGCCUAUGACUUGGCAGGAGUUCGAGAUAUAUCUCGUUGAAAAUCGCCCUGCUUUCGAACAAUUGGCACGUCAAUAUAAUAUCACCGUGGAAGAAGUCAUUGUAUGGCUUAAUCAAUCAGCUAAAAAGCUGGUUGAUGAAGGUCUCAUAACCGGUACGAUAACAGUAGAGGAGUGGCAGCUGCGGGAGAAGCAAUACGUCAAGGAUCUGAUCAAUCAGCAGCUGCGCAAUCAGCAAAAGUGGACUAUUGAAGAACUGGAACUAAAGCUGCUUAACGACCAAAAGCAUCUGGCGGAAUUGAUACGCCAAUACAAUGUGACAAUUGAAGAGCUGCAGGCCUGGUACAGACGCGAGUUAAAGGAGCUGCUCGAUCAACGAAAAAUAUCUCCAGGCAAUAGGGUGGAGUGGAAAACGUUGGAAAAGGAACGCAUCUACCUUACUGCUGUCCAGCAUCCGGGCACCACGCGUGUGGUAUUGGAAGAGCUUUUACUAGGCAACAAAAUGGCGUUGCAGCGUCUAGCCUUAACCUACCGCAUUACAGUGGAGGAGCUGACAUUGUUUAUACGCCAAGAGCUGCGUCGUUUAGCUGACUUGGGCUUAAUUAUCGAAGGCGGCUCUGAUUCACAGCUUAAUAAUCGUUGGCAAGAAGAGGAGCGUGCGCGCCUGCGCACAAUAGCUUCUACCAUAACCAUUACGAGGGAUGAACUUCUCGAGUUUAUUUCCAAUGACAAUGCCUACCAGAAGAUUCUUUCCAAUCUCUACCGUGUGAGUUUGGACAAGUUGGCGCCCUACCAGCGCAUUGCUAUAGACACUAUGCAACGAGAGGGUCUCUUCCAGGAGCUUACCCUGAACCAGCUGCAGCCCUGGCAGAAGCUGGAGCGCGAUCGUCUCUAUGAGUUCAUCCGCAACCAGAACUUUACUCUCCGAAACCUGAAGGAAUGGCAGCGCCAAGAUGUUCUGCUUAACGAGUUUGCCCUUAAAUACGGCAUAUCUGUGUACGAUCUUAAGGCUUGGCAGCUGCGGGAGUUCCAGAGGAUUAUUGAUUUGGCACAGUACUACCAAAUGUCGUUGAUUGAGCUCCAGGAAUUUAGAGAUAAUGAGCUGCGUUACCUCACCUAUGUCAUACAUAAGAAAACGAGUCCCAUACAAGAGAUACAGAGCUGGGAGCGAAAUGAGGCUGCCCGCAGUCAGAUAUUGCAGCGUAAGUCUGGCUUGUCGGGCCAGCAAUUGCUUGAGUGGCGUCGCACCUUGUACCUGCUGUCCCAAGGACUCAUUGAUCUAAACACCGGCGGCAGUGGUGGACAGAUAGUGGACAACGGAAGCACUAAUGCUACUUUUGUGCCCAAGCCCAUAUUCUCCAAGGACCGCGGUGACCAGCCGCCAAAUGCAUAUGAAGAAACCUUUGACGAGGAUGAGCCGGGACUAGAAGGUGAAACCAAGAAACCUCUGCCAGUGCCUGCGCCCAUCAGAUCUACUCCCGCACCCUUCCCAUAUCCCACAGCGGUACCUCAAUACCCUAGCAAUGGUGGUGCUGGUGCCGAUGGAGGUUUUGUGUAUCGCAAAAAAGAGUACCAAUUCACAGUGCCCGUAGGCACCGCAUCUGCCGCGGCCAGCGCCACACCCAUCGGCACUGCGUCUAGUGCUAGUGCUAGUGUUGGCAGUGGCUUUGACAAGUGGGGCACAGGUUCGUUGACGAGGUCUGUGGAUCACCACAAGCCUCCGUCGGACGUCGAGGACUUUGGCCAGCAGCAACAAGUAGAACUGGGUUGGAAUGGGCAAUUGGUGCAAGUUGAGGAUGAGGACGGUGGACAGCAAGUUCAGGUGGAAGAAACAGACUGGAAUGGUGGUCAACAACAGCAGGUAGAAGAGGAUGUAUUUCUUGGCCAGAAACAAGUCGAGGACCUGAGCGAUCGGCGCUACGGUUCUGGACUGAGCAGCUCCCGGCAGCAACCAUUGCGAGCUGUAACACAAGCAACGGUUGAGGUACAGACCAGCGAGGAACCCAAGUCAACGUGGGGAAAAUUCAAAGACUAUUUCACGGGUUAAAACAUUAAAACAAACUGCCAUAUUGGUUAAGACUUCCUCAAGUCAACGAAAACGAAACAAACAAAUUGGUUACUUUUUUAUAAAACGUCUUUUUAUUUUGUAGUUUAGUCUUAAACAAGAGUUUUGGGGUUAGGCCCCCACUAAAGGUCACAUUUGUACCGCUACUACUAAAUAUCCAUACAUCUGUAUGUAAUACUCUUUUUCUUUAUAAGGACGUACUUUAUUUGUUCUUUUUGCAUAAUAAACUCUGAAAAAUAA